GCAUGCGUAUUGAGUAAAUGGAAGCGCCGAAGUCUGCAAAAAUUUCAGAAACCGGCUUUAAAUUCCUUCAGUAUUGUAGGACAGCAUUUCAACAAACUCCUUUAAGUCAGUUCAAAAUACAUUAAACAAAAUGGCGAGCGUUUCUUACCAUAUCGCCAAUCUUCUUGAGAAGAUGACAUCCAAUGACAAAGAUUUUCGUUUCAUGGCAACAAAUGAUUUAAUGACAGAGUUACAAAAAGAUUCAAUCAAACUGGAUGAUGACAGUGAAAGAAAGGUAGUAAAAAUGUUGCUAAAACUUCUAGAAGACAAGAAUGGUGAAGUUCAAAAUCUUGCUGUCAAAUGCCUCGGUCCCCUGGUGAAUAAAGUAAAGGAGUUUCAAGUGGAGACUAUAGUUGAGACAUUGUGUAGUAAUAUGUUAUCUGACAAAGAACAGUUGCGAGAUAUUUCUAGCAUUGGGUUAAAGACAGUUAUAAGUGAGUUACCUCCCUCAUCAACAGCUCUUGCUGCCAGUAUAUGCAAGAAAAUUACAGGUCGACUAACCAGUGCAAUCUCAAAGCAAGAAGACAUGUCUGUACAGUUGGAAGCUCUCGAUAUCCUAGGAGAUUUGCUGAGUAGAUUUGGAGGAUUGUUGAUAAGUUUUCACCCAACCAUUUUACAAUCACUAACUCCCCAAUUGUCCAGCCAGAGAUUAGCUGUCAGAAAAAGGGCAAUUAUUGCAAUAGGAUAUCUUGUAAUGAGUUGUAACAACACAUUGUUUGUGGAGUUGAUAGAUUAUCUGUUAUCUGAACUGGCCAAAAACACUAGCACAUCUACAACUAGAACAUAUAUACAAUGUGUAGGCGCCAUCAGUCGUCAAGCAGGACACAGAUUUGGGGAACACUUGGAGAAGAUUAUGCCACACAUAAUAAAAUUCUGCCGUUUAGAAGAUGAUGAACUUAGAGAGUACUGUCUGCAGGCCUUUGAGUCUUUCGUCAGAAGAUGUCCAAAAGAAAUCUCACCUUUUGUUUCUGAUAUAAUACAGAUAUGUUUAAAAUACAUUUGUCAUGAUCCUAACUAUAACUAUGAUGAUGAUGAUGACAACGAUAUGGAGAUGGAAGCAGACGAGGAGGAGGAAGAGGGAUCAGAUGAGGAAUAUAGUGAUGAUGAUGAUAUGUCAUGGAAAGUUCGUCGAGCAGCUGCCAAAUGUUUAUCUGCUGUCAUAGCAACCAGGCAUGAGAUGUUGUCAGACUUCUAUAAAACUGUCUCACCAGCUCUCAUUCAAAGAUUUAAAGAGAGGGAGGAGAAUGUAAAGGCAGACAUAUUUCAGGCAUAUAUUACACUGUUACGACAAACCAGACCUACAGUAUCUCCAGAUCCUGAUGCAAUGGAGCAAGAAGGAGGCCCAGUUUCAAUGCUUCAAACCCAGAUUCCAGAAAUUGUUAAGGCUAUACACAAACAGCUAAAGGAAAAAAGUGUGAAAACAAGACAGGGUUGUUUCAGUCUCCUUACAGAACUUGUCUUAGUUCUGCCUGGUGCCCUCACAGAUCAUUUACCUAUGCUGGUUCCCGGUAUACAGUAUGCACUUGGUGACAAGAACUCCACAUCAAACAUGAAGAUAGAUACUCUAGCUUUCCUUAAUUGUUUACUGAGUAACCAUAGUCCUGUAGUGUUCCAUCCUCAUAUAACUGUAAUAGUUCCUCCUAUUGUACAUGCAGUAGCUGAUCCUUUCUAUAAGAUUACAUCUGAAGCUCUCCUAGUAACUCAACAACUGGUCAAAGUUAUUAGACCAUUAGAUAUACAGACAUCGUUUGAUUUUAAACCAUAUGUAAGGGAGGUGUAUGGAUGUACCUUGAUGAGACUGAAAGCUGCAGAUAUUGAUCAAGAAGUCAAAGAAAGGGCUAUCUCUUGCAUGGGACAGAUAAUUCGUAAUCUAGGAGAUGUGUUAUCAUCAGAACUUAAAGAAUGUUUGCCAAUAUUCCUAGAGAGAUUGAAAAAUGAAAUAACCAGACUCACAGCAGUGAAAGCUUUAACCAUGAUUGCAGGGUCACCACUAAAGAUUGAUCUCAGACCUAUUCUAACUGAUGGAAUUCCAAUACUUGCCUCAUUCUUGAGAAAAAAUCAACGAGCUUUGAAACUAAGCACACUAGCGUGUCUAGAUGUUCUUGUUCGUAACUAUGGAUCAGCAUUGACUGCCAGUAUGAUAAAUGAAAUGAUGAAAGAGAUGCCACCUCUCAUCAAUGAAAAUGAUCUGCAUGUUUCUCAGCUGACAUUGAACCUGUUGUCAUCUAUAUCUAAAAUACACAAGCAAUCAAUGGCAAAUAUCCCCAAUGAGAUACUGCCUCAGAUAUUGGUGCUCAUACAGUCUCCACUUCUACAAGGUGGUGCACUAGGAGCCAUGCUGGAGUUCUUCCAGGCAAUUGUUGGUUUACCGAAGCUUGGAUUUAAGGAUUUACUACAGAUGUUGAUUAAACCAGUUUAUAACCCCACAUCUCAGACCCACCACCAGGCUUUCUCUAUACAUAAACAGGCGUUCCAUUCAAUAGCAAAAUGUGUUGCAGCACUUACUGUGAUGUCACCUAAUGAAGCUACAAAUGUUGUCAACCAAUUUGUCAAUGAUGUCAAGAACACAAAAUCAACAGACUCAAUUAGAUUGUUCUCUCUGUUGGCUCUGGGAGAAAUUGGUAAACAUUUGGAUUUGAGUGCGCAGGGUGAGAUACAGACUGUGAUACUAGAUGCUUUCUCAUCACAAAAUGAAGAGGUGAAAGCAGCUGCAUCAUAUGCUUUAGGUAAUGUAAGUGUGGGCAACUUGAACAAAUUUCUGCCAUUUGUUUUACAAGAAAUUGAAAGUCAGCCAAAGAGACAAUACUUACUGUUACAUUCACUUAAAGAGAUUAUAAGUUGUGAGUCGGCAUCACCUGCAGGAGUUAGCAACCUUAAACCUUAUGUACAAACUAUAUGGAAUAUGUUAUUUACACAUUGUGAAUGUCCGGAGGAGGGUACAAGAAAUGUGGUAUCUGAAUGUCUCGGUAAACUAACAUUAAUGGAUCCUCAAACAUUGCUGGCAAGCUUGAAGAAACAUCUGACAUCUCAAUCAGCUUUGACUAGAAGUACAGUUGUCACAGCUAUUAAAUUUACCAUAUCAGAUCAGCCUCAAGGUAUAGACCAGUUGUUACGUGCAUGUAUUGGAGAGUUCCUGCAAACAUUACAAGAUCCAGACCUGAAUGUUAGACGUGUUGCCUUGGUAACGUUCAACUCGGCAGCUCACAAUAAACCUGCCCUGAUUAGAGAUCUGUUAGAAAGUGUUCUACCACAUUUAUAUAAUGAAACUAAAGUGCGGAAAGAACUUAUACGUGAGGUUGAAAUGGGUCCUUUCAAACACACACUGGAUGAUGGUCUAGAUAUAAGAAAGGCAGCGUUUGAAUGUAUGUAUACAUUAUUGGACUCGUGCCUGGAUAGAAUAGACAUUUUUGAAUUCCUGAAUCACGUUGAAGAUGGCUUGAAGGAUCACUAUGACAUUAAAAUGUUAACAUAUUUAAUGUUGGUACGUCUAUCACAUCUCUGUCCUAGUGCAGUAUUACAAAGACUUGACAGACUGGUGGAGCCAUUGAGAGCAACUUGUACAACAAAGGUGAAGGCCAACUCUGUAAAACAAGAGUUUGAGAAACAAGACGAGCUCAAGAGAUCAGCUAUGAGAGCUGUGGCAGCAUUGUUGUCUGUUCCUGAUGCAGAUAAAAGCCCACAGAUGAACGAGUUUCUAACCCAGAUAAAAUCCAACUCUGAUCUAACACAAAUGUUUGAGAACAUACAGAAAGAUGUGAUGGCAACAUCAUCAGAUACUGUGAUCAUGGAUACAAGUUGAGGACCUGACAAUGUUAUAUAACAGUGUUUCUUCACAAUAUUACCUGUAAAUGUAAAAACUUACUGGGGAUUAGAAACUAAUGCCCCAUAUUUCACAGCCAUAUAAGACUGUUGUUUUUCUUCAUCUCUUUGGUUAUAUAUAGUGAUAGGAUAAAUAAAU